CCACAACCGCAGUCGUUUCCCAUAGGCCAGUUGUUGAGUUGGAUGUUAGUAAAACCAUGGUAAAACGGUGAAUUUGUCACUCAAUUUCAGUGUUCAAUUUUCCACUUUCCCAGUCUGCUGGUUUGACAGAAAUCAUGAUUAAGCAUACAGUAUUAAAGAGUCUUUUUUGUAGGAGAGUGAGCAGUAAAAUUAGUUCUAGAUCUGGAGCAUCUGAAUAUGAUACCGUCAGAACAGCGGUGGUAAACGUUGCACGGCAGUUUAGUUCCUUUGAAGAUGAAAUUGAGGAAUUGAAAGUGCAGCAGAUUCCAGAUCAAGACAUCCCCGUGCCAAGCGACUCCACAGUUCAUGAGGUCAUGAGUUUUUUCAUCCAGGGCUAUGAUUGUACAGCCGUAGAGCAUUUUGCACAAUAUGCCCAUAACCUGGCAAAAAAUAUGGAUCUAAGGAUCUUUGACAGUUUUGCAAUGCCUACCAAGCAAACGCUGGUGCACACCAUCCAAACCCCGGGCACAUCCGAGAAGCUCAAGCCAAGGGACUUCACGUUACCCUCACAUAGGCGAGUCAUACAGCUACAAGAAUUGCAAGGAACCAUGGCCCCAAUCUUCUUGGAAAUGCUUCAAGUAAAUCUCCCAGAAGGAGUCUCACUGAAUGUUGAACCGCAUUCACAGUACCACCACAAAGAGAGAUUCAUCCAAAAGGAGAUUCCCAAGGAUCUGCUUUGACGAGAUCUCAGCAGCCUUCAGUCUGCGACUUGAGGGAAGCCUCCAGAUACUCCCAGUAUGAACGUUAAUAUAUUAUGAUGUUAAGAUAUGUCAUCAUUGAAUCCAGUAUGCAUUUGCAGCACCUGGAACAUGUGGAAUGAACAUAAAUCUGCUCAGUAGAUAGAGGCACUAAGCAAAAGCAGCCGAGAACAGAUUGCGAGAAGUACACAAGGCAUGGCAUUCUGGCUGGUAACUGACUUCUACAAAGCCAAUGCUUAGCAGAUUUCUGAACUUAGGAAGCUCUACGAAAUCGGCCUGGAAUCAGUGGAAAAGUUAAAAUGCCAAGUCAUGUCCUAUUGAAGGACAAACUGCUGGAAUGGGUAUGAUGCAGUUUGUGUUCAGGUUAUUUACUGUGGGCAGUGUACUGAGCAUCAACAUUCUCCCUCCAACCCCCCCCCAAAAAAAGCUUUUAUAGAUAUUGCCAACAUCCAUAAACUUUCAGGAUAGGCUUUGGCCCCUCUGCCCCUUUCCAUCAAUGACAGUGUCCUUACUUUGAAAGUUCGUACAAGCAAGAAUACAGCAAAUGUCUCAAUAAAACCAUAAAUUCACACAGUA